CAGCCCUGCUGCUCCACUUGCAGCACAGACUUGGUGGGCUGGGGUCUGUGACUGAGCUGGAGCAGGUGCUCCUUGACUCCAAGUCAUGCUACAGUUGCUCCCAUUCUGGUGCCCUGUUCUUAUGAGCUGCCAGUAGAGACUGUCCAGCCCCAGGGCAGGGAAAAUAACAACUGGGAGACAACCAAGCAUCCUCAGUGAAACCUCCACUGCUACUAAGGCUGAAGAUGGACUGAAUUUUUUCAACUCUGGUAAGAAGAAAAGCUGUGGCAGGAAACUGUGCUUCAGACGUGCUCAUCAACACCAUGAUGUCUGGAAAGGACAAAGGAGGUGUGAAAGACAAUGCUGAUUUCUACAUUUCAUGCCACAUAGACUCUGAGUUUCGCUACAACCUCUUCACUGUUUUCUAUAGCAUUAUUUUCAUUCUGGGCUUUGUUGCCAACUGCUAUGUUCUCUGGAUUUUCAGCCGUAUUUACCCCACCAAGAAACUCAAUGAAAUCAAGAUAUUCAUGAUGAACCUGACAGUAGCUGACUUGCUUUUCUUAGUUACGAUGCCAAUGUGGAUUGUUUACUACCACCACCAAGGAGACUGGAUCAUGCCUGAGUUCCUGUGUAAUGUGGCUGGCUGUUUAUUUUUUGUUAAUACCUACUCUUCUGUUGCCUUUCUGAUGGUCAUCACAUACAACCGUUACCAAGCUGUGACUAAUCCUAUUAAAGCAGCUCAGCUGACCACCCAGAGAAGGGGUAUCUACCUAUCAGCAGCUAUCUGGAUCAUAAUAGUAGGCAGCUCUUUGUACUACCUUUUUGACAAUAAUACUAACCAGGAGAAGGUCGGCUCCAGGAAUUUCACACGGUGCUUUGAGCGCUAUGACACCUCGGCUGGUGUUUCAGCUGUUCUUGCCAUUCAUGUCAUCAUCUGCAUCCUCUUCUAUAUCAUUUUCCUUUUAAUACUAGGUUGGAACAUUGUCAUUAUCAGGACCCUGUUCUCCAAGUCAGUGCAUCCACGGAAGAGCGCUCACGUCAAGCAAAGGGCUCUGUGGAUGGUGUGCACAGUGCUGGCUGUGUUCAUCAUAAGUUUUGUGCCCCAUCACAUCGUGGACCUGCCCUGGACUCUGACUGUUCUGGAGCAGUGGAAGAAGGAAAACUGUCAGCUGCGCCAGCAGCUCAACGAUGCUCACCAGGUGACUUUGUGCCUCUUGAGUACAAACUGUGUGUUGGACCCAAUCAUCUACUGCUUCCUCACCAAGAAGUUCCAGAAGCAUCUUUCAGAAAACCUGAAAAGCAUGAAAGGGAGUCGCAAAUGCUCCAGGCAAACAACAGAAACGGUGAUUGAGGGCACAAUUCAGCAAGAGGACGUCAUUAGGGUCUGUUAACAGCCACUUGUGUGUUCUGAUUGCACAAGGAGGGGCAUGAAUCAUUCACUCAUCUUUUCUUAAGAAGAGGCACCAAGGGACACAACAGACGACCAGGAUUUUACAUUUUCUUUUUCCCAUUAGACAGAAGAAUGGGCGCUCAUUUCUUCUGUCACAUACGAUGGGCAGAACUGGAACCUGGCAGCAAAGCUGCCUCUGUCCAGGCUGGUGCUCUCAUGGGCACUGAGAACAGCUCAGAUGACCUGCUUUAACAUGAAAGAAGUGUGUCACUGAGCCUCUGCAGUGAGCAGCUAGAGGCUGAGUGUACCAAAAUUACCUAUUGUAUUGGUCCAGAUGGCACCAUCCCUGCCUGCCCUCACAGCUCUUGCAGUGGACCCAGUAUCAGCUGUAAGGGACUUCUAAAAGACCUGGAAGAACAGAUUGAGCUCUGACUAUCAUCGUGUGGCCCUUCUAAGCAGCUUACAUGGUCCUGUGAAGAGAAUCUGAGCUGAUGAAGCUCUUGAGUGGCUGUAAGGGAUGUAGUCCACAGAAUUCCUCAACUGCUGUCAAAGAGAUCUGCACCUCUGAUGCCUUCAUCCUUUCUUAGUGACUCACGUGGUCUGCUGGGAUCCAAACUUGAUACACGUCUGGGAGUAGUAGUGAAUAGUAGUAAUGAAUCUUUGCUUGCAGAUCUUGGGUCAGUAAAGCAGGGAAGGAAGAGAAAUUAGCAGUGCCUCAGCACAUCUCUACCCCUCCCUCCACCACAUCAGCAUUAUGGCCAAAGGGAACCACGGCCUGCCCUGGCUUCCUGUGUGAGAGCAGAACUGGCCAGCCAGUGGCUUCAUGCACUCAGUUUGGUAAUUUCUGACUGACUGCAUGUGUCUGCAGACACCCAGUCUUGCUCAGGAGGCUCCAGGUAACAGAGGGCUACUGUCAGCAUGGGCAUUAUAAGGAAAAAAAGCUUAAAAUGCUUCUGUACCUUUGUACUUAUUUAUUUAAAUUAGGGUUACAGCCAUUCCAUUAUGCCUUCCUCCAGCCUUUCUCGUUGUGCUGCAAAUAAUCAAAGCUGACUAGUUCUUGAUCUAGAACAGGUGAAGUGUUAGGUCAGGACAAUUGACAGACAAAUAAUUCACACAUUCCAACAGCACUGGAGGCCCUCAUCCAGGGCUGGGUGCAGUCCACUGGGGCACAGGGCAAAGUGGUUUUCCGUGGGUGCUGAGUUCUGUUACCAGUCAUGAGACACUUGGGGUUCCUUUUCUGACCCAAAUUGCUCAAUCUAGCACAGGAAAUUGGGCAGGCAAGGAACUUACUUGUUUUCACAACAGUAGUUGGUUCCCUAAAAAACAUAGUCUGUUGAUGACAGGAAGAGUGUAUCUGACCUGUGACACCAAUUAUUCAUGUGCAGGACAGCAGCCUUCCCACACCUCCCCGAGAACAGGAGAAAUAAGCUCAAGUCUUUUCAAAGACAGGACCAAUGUGCUGCUCUGCCUGUACCCAGAGGAGAUACAGUCCUUCAGAUGUGUCCUCUGGAGCUCCUCAGGCAGCUGGCGCCAGUGAGGAAAAGAACUAAGAUGUUUAUUUUCCUAAGGCCAUUGUGAGGACCAGCCCUGCACUCCAGGCCCAGUGCCAGAGGGAAGAGUCUGAUCACAAUAAGAAUGCAUCUCCCUCCUAGAGCUGGGCUCUGCUCCAGUAAUGGCACAACACACACAACCAACACUUGCCAGUACCUCAUGCUCCUCAGGUAUGUUCAAAGAUGCACCCUGACUCUGAAGAGCCUCAGCACACAGGGAGGGAGCAAUUUCUGUAACUUAAAAGCCUAAAUGUGGCUUGCUGGAGGAAUCUGCCUCUGUUUCUGUGAGCACAUUCUGGAGGAGGAGCUCUCGCACCUGGCAGAUGGGGGGACCUGCUUUCCCCCCUUGGCUCCCAGCAAUAGUGGAGAUCUCAUUUCACAGACCCUAAAGCCCUGAUAGAUGGAGUUUGGCAACUCUUGGAGGAAAUUGACAGUAUUUUAAAAUCAUAAAGCUGGCAGAUGCAUGAUCUGCUCCUGGUUCUUGGAAAGCUUCCAAUAGUUUACAGUUUAGCUCUUUACCAUGGGUACAUAACAGGCUUUAUUCCACAGCAAGCACUGUGGGCUCAGGGAACAAACAUAAUUUGCAUCUGAGGAUAAGGAUAAGGAGAGAGGAAAGCCCCAAAGCCAAUUCAGGAGAUGUUACGCUUACUAGUCAGUAAAAAUGCAUUUCUAAAAACCUGGCUAAGCUGCUACUUCUGUUCCUGGAAAUACUUUCUUUUCUUACCACAAUGUUGCUUUACUCUACUUUACCUUGCAAUGAAAUGGAUCCUCAAAAGUUUUUUUAAAUAAAGUGCGU